AUGAGAUUCACUUAUGUAAGAGUAAGAUGGGAAGGUAGUGCCCAUGAUUCUAGAAUCCUACGUAAUACCUUACUGGAUCCCAACUAUGAAUUUCCAAUGCCACCACCAGGCAAAUAUUAUGUGGUGGAUGCGACAUACACAAAUAUGCCAGGAUUUAUGGCUCUUUUUAGAGGGGCACGGGAGACCCCACAAGAACGUUCAGCUAAAGCCCUUUUCAAUAGGCGUCAUGCAUCGUUAAAAAAUAUUAUAGAAAGGACAUUUUGUGUGUUGAAAAAGCACUUUCUGAUAUUGGAAGGGCCAAUGCAGAACUACAUGAUGGCAACACAGAACAACAUUGUCCUUGCUUGUUGUGCCUUGCACAACUUCAUGUGGGAGCACGUUCCAAAUGAUGCAUAUUUUAAUGAACAACAAGCGGUUGGAGCUUGGGCAGAUAAUUUGCACGACGGACAACAAGUCUUGGGACAACAACCAGUUGAUAUGUCAGCACAAGGAAUUGCCAAUUGGAAUGAAGAUCGACGAGCAAUAGCCAAUCACAUGUAUUAUCACCAUUAUCAUUAG